AUGAAUGGCGAGGAGUGUGAAGAAAUGGAAAGAGUGAAUGAGAAAUUGGUUUACAUGUGGGGUUAUUUACCGGGAGCUUUGCCGCAAAGGACGCCGUUGUUGAGCCCGGUUCUCGUUAGGGCUCCGGCGAAUGGUUGUAACUGGAAAGAUGUUUCCGGUGGUGGUUGUGGAUUCGCCAUGGCUAUAUCUGAACAAGGAAAGCUUAUCACAUGGGGAUCAACGGAUGAUCUUGGCCAAAGUUAUGUAACUUCGGGAAAGCACGGGGAAACUCCAGAGCCUUUCCCUCUUCCAGAUGAAGUUUCUAUUGUACAAGCUGCUUCUGCGUGGGCACAUUGUGUUGCUGUAACAGAUUGUGGACAAGUUUACACAUGGGGUUGGAAGGAAUGUAUUCCUUCUGGGAAGUUAUUAGGUGAACCUUUGCCAGGGGUAAGUUCUGCAAAAGUUGCACAAGGAAAGCGGAGUUCGUUCUUGACAGAGCAAGUCGGCUCUCAUUCAGAAGUCUCAAAGUCCAUCGGAGGAACUGCUUCCAGUGGAGAAGAAAGUACUAAGAGAAGGAAGGUAUCUUCAGCAAAGCAAACAGCUGAAAUCUCAUCAUCUGGUGAUGAUAUUCUGACAGCAAUGCCAUGUCUUGUCACACUAAACCCUGGAGUAAGGAUAACAAGUGUUGCUGCCGGUGGCCGUCAUACCCUAGUAUUGUCAGAUAUAGGACAGGUGUGGGGCUGGGGCUACGGAGGCGAAGGGCAGCUUGGUUUAGGUUCCAGAAUACGUAUGGUGUCCUCUCCCCAUCUUAUUCCAUGUAUUGAUUCCUCUUCGUAUGGAAACGAUAUAUCAACAUCGCUGGCUCAAGGAAGCACAAGUUCAGAGGGACAGAAUUUUAGGAUUCCUGGAAGUUAUAUAAAGGGUAUUGCCUGUGGAGGUCGACAUAGUGCAGUAAUCACAGAUGCUGGAGCUGUGCUUGCGUUUGGUUGGGGACUUUAUGGACAGUGUGGGCAAGGAAGUACAGAUGAUGAACUAAGUCCGACCUGUGUGUCUUCCUUAUUGGGUAUUCGAAUAGAAGUAGUUGCUGCUGGCCUGUGGCAUACUGUCUGUACAUCUGCUGAUGGUGACGUAUAUGCAUUUGGUGGAAACCAGUUUGGGCAGCUGGGAACUGGUUCUGAUCAAGCUGAGACUCUACCAAGACUACUGGAUUGUCCGAACUUGGAAAAUGUCAACGUAAAGACCAUAUCUUGCGGGGCUCGUCAUACUGCUCUAGUAACAGAUAACGGAAAAGUCUUCAGCUGGGGAUGGAACAAGUAUGGACAGUUGGGCCUCGGGGACGUGAUUGACCGCAACAUUCCUUCUGAAGUAAGCAUAGAAGGUUGUGUAGCCAAAAACGUUGCAUGUGGUUGGUGGCACACUCUUCUUUUGGCCGAGUCUCCCACUUGA